GUAUUACCCAGCCGAGAAUCGAAUCUUCACCGGGGAUCUAAUCUAUCCCGGAAACAUCUUCCUCUUCCUUCCUGGCAGCCGGCUGGAGGAGUUUGACGAGAGCCUCUGCAAACUGAAGGCUUUCCUGGCCAAGAAGCCUGCAGGUGUCCUCCUCAGCUGUGGCCACAUGACACCAGCCUUGAAGGCAGACUUCCCGAGUUAG